AUGCUUGAAUAUUCUCUGCGGCCCGAAGGUCAGGUGCGCAUCGUCAGCUGGAACGUCUCAAGCUUCAACUCGUGCGAGAAGAAGGGGCUGUUCAAGUAUCUCGAAGUGGAGCAGCCGGAUAUUGUCGUGCUGACGGAAACCAAGGUCAACGAAGCCCCGGACAUGCACCCCGGCCUGAGCGCAUAUCCGCAUCGCUACUGGGGCAUCGACGCCAAGACGAAGGGGUACGCAGGUGUCGCGGUAUUCAGCAAAAUCAAGCCGCUCAAGGCCACCAUCGGCAUGCCCUUGCACCCGAAAGAGUACAACGGGCGCAUCAUCACGUUAGAAUUUUCGAAACACUUCCUCGUCGGGACGUAUGUCACAAACGCCGGGGAAGGCCUUGCAAAGAUGAGUAACAAGCAGCAGUGGAAUGCCGCAUUCGCCGAGUACAUUAAAGAGCUCGAUGCGCAGAAACCAGUAAUCUGGUGUGGCGAUCUGAACGUCAUGCUGGACCAACGCGACCUGUCUGCCCCAAAGAAGAAGUGGAACAAGCAGCCUGGCUAUAGCAAGAUCGAGUGCGAUGCGCACCGCGUGUUGCUUGAAGGGAAAGAUCGGGGCGAGGGGAGGAAACUGGUAGACGUAUGGCGGGUAUCGCAUCCUGAUGCUGUGGGACACUUUACAUUUUAUAGCUUUCGCGGAGCAUGCAGAGGGAAAGGGAUCGGCUGGAGACUUGACUCGUUCAUCAUCAGUGAGCGGGCGCUUGGCUCCGACAAGAGCAGGGCUUUCGUCCAGCAGUGCGAGAUCAGGCAUGAGGUUUAUGGACCGAGUGAUCACGUGCCGGUCAUCUGCGAUGUACUCGGGCCGCUCUGA